AGCUCUUUUCCGGUCGGCAACAUGACGGCGAAGACGAAACUACCGAGGAAGGACAAGAAAGACAAGGAGAAGAACCCCAUGCGUGAGGUUCGGAUCCGCAAGCUGUGCCUGAACAUUUGUGUCGGUGAAUCUGGAGACAGGCUGACACGAGCUGCCAAGGUGCUCGAACAGCUGACAGGCCAGCAACCUGUGUUCUCCAAGGCUCGCUACACAGUGCGAUCGUUCGGCAUCAGAAGGAAUGAAAAGAUUGCCGUGCACUGCACCGUCCGGGGCCCUAAGGCUGAGGAGAUCCUUGAGAAAGGCCUCAAGGUGCGAGAAUACGAGCUCCGCAAGGACAACUUCUCGGACACCGGCAACUUUGGCUUCGGUAUCCAGGAGCACAUUGACUUGGGUAUCAAGUACGACCCCACCAUCGGCAUCUACGGUCUCGACUUCUACGUAGUGCUGGGCCGGCCAGGCUUCAAUGUUGCCCACAGGCGCCACAAGAAGGGUACCAUCGGUUGCAAGCACCGGCUUUGUAAGGAAGAGGCCAUCAAAUGGUUCCAACAGAAGUACGAUGGCAUCAUCUUGCCUGGAAAGAGCGGCAAAUAAACCUGCUGUUCACAACAUUUGAUCCUUCACAAAUAAAAAAAAACAUCGUGGUG